AUGGCUUCACCCACGGCUUCCUUCCCUCUGUCCGCUCAUCUGAACGCCUCCUCCAUCGAUUCGACUAUCAAUCUGGACUCUUCGGGUUCACUCAGUACCGCUUCCGCACGUACACAAUCUUCUACAUCAAGAGCGGGCGCAGGCCAUGCCUAUGGCUCCUCCAUCAACACACAACCCGAUGGCCGUACUCCCAGUGAAUAUGCCAUGCACCAUUUGCUUAACGCUUUCGUAUGUGGCGCAGGCGCCGACCCAGCAUUCGAUCAGCUCCUGCUGGCUCUAGGUCAUGUAACCAAACAUCAUCCUAAAGCUCUCGUCGACAGUUUGAUGCUCUGGCGCCAGACCAAGGCCGACCUGGCUACUGCCUCUCGCAAGCACUCGGCCUCACUUCGCUCCCCACCUUCACUCGCCAACUUGCCCGCCUCCCUUUCACGCCGUUAUACAGAGCCUGUGCAAGACGCGGUUCCCGUCCAUCCUGGUACACCUGCGUCGGCCCUGUUGCACUCGGAUGAAUUAACGCCUGAGGAACAUCUAUCUCUUGAUAGACAGGCGACCGUCUCUAUCUUUAUUCUCUGUCGAGGACUGAUAGAGGUUUUUGACCAGAGUACUCUCGACGCCAUCACUCCUGACCUCGCCUCAAAACUCGAGGGCAUCGUCUUUGAGCAACUAAGAGCCUUCGAGCCAGUUCAUUUGAACACAAAUAAAAUCAGGACAGCAAAUUGGAGAAUCUAUAGUCACUUGCUCGGGUGUAUGAGUAAAAUCGACUUCGUUAGAGUAGCCAACCCUUUUCUCAACCAACUAAAAGUAUGGCAACAGGAUAUCGCUACCAACCUUGGUACCACUACCAAGGCAAGAGAAGUUGAAGCUCGUCUUGAAUUGUUGCUGUCAAGCAUGCAACUGCUGCGUCUGGGCACUGGACCUUCGGACCUUACUCAGUCCUGCGAUUUCCUCAUUGCUCUUGCUCACUCCUUUGCAAGUGCACAUGGACCACGUAUCAAGCAAGGCUACUGUUCAGUGUUCGAAUCGUUGCUGCUGCAACUUGCCUCUCGUCCGGAUGUGACAGAGCAGCACAUCAAGUUCAAAGAGUUUGUUGAGACCGUUAAUCCACGUAUCAAUCAGAUGUUGACAAAGAUGAGGCAUUGGGCAAGCGCUUUGGGUACCUCUAUCACACUUUUGUGUCUCUCUCCUCUGGAUAUCUUCCAUGCUCAAUGGAUGCCACAGGUCAACGCCCUGGCUGUCAAGUUACGCGAGAGAUCAACACGUACUCCAGCAAUGAGAGCUAUUUGUCAGUUCACGUGGGCCUACCUAAAACGUUCUUCCGAUUCUCAAACGGCAAAAGUGAAAAGGAUCGAAGAAGUCAUUAAACUCGUACUUCCUCCUGGAAAGAAGUCCCAUUUGAGCACGGAGCCAUCCAUGGCCGAGGCAACCAUUUCCUUCAUUCGUCUCAUCGGUGUUUACUAUCCAGAUCUCUGUUUCAAGCUCGCCAUAUUACCCUUGAUUAGCUCUGACGGUACCAUGUCCUCACGAGAGCUACGCAUCGAGCAUCUAGAGCCUGAGAAAGUUACAAUUGGAAUCAAAGCCUUCUUAAGUGUCGUGGAAGACAAAGAAAAAGGGCUGACAGAAUGGAUCACCUUUCCAGAGUUUGAAGCGCCUCUGCCAGCACUCGACUCCAUUCCGGGAUCGCCCAUGCCCUUUGCUUUGACUCAGGCUGUAGAGAUUCAGCCUGUUUUCAAAAGAAUGGAUUUUUCUUUUUCCACAUUGCCAAUCAAUACGGCUGCUUUGGACGAGCCUAUCAGAGCAUACUUCGCCAACUUCUGCGAAAUCUUGGGUAAAAUUACUGUGCUGUGCGAUAAUGCUUUUGGUAGCUCAGCUGCACUCAGUGAGAAGUUCACGACAAUCACGUCUAAGACUCCUUUGGUGGACGCCUUCAACACGAGCAAAAGAGACGAUGGUAUGGGCCAGGAGCAGAAGCAAUCCUUCUAUGAGCUUCUAAAUGUGGCCAUCCAAGCACUACCUCGAUGUCUCUCUGAGAACGUGCCUCUGAGUCCACUAAUAAACUUGCUAUGUACAGCUUCUGCACAUACACAGCCCCAUAUUGCCACGGCUGCAGUCAGGUCACUGAAAGCAAUCGCGGAGCAGGGUCUCGCCCACACCGUGGCUACUGCCUUUCCGAGAUUCAUUUUUAGCUACGACCAUCAAUAUUCUACUAUGUCCGAUGAUGGACGUCUCGGGCCUUGUCACAUCGAAAUGACCCUUACACUAUACCUAGAGCUUCUGCAAAUUUGGAUUGCCCAGAUACAGAAGCGGACCGCUGCUUCGCAAUCACCACACGUUGCCGUUGGUGACGCUAAUUCAGCUCGAGCACUACGGAUGGAGAGGACGAACUUACUCUCUUUUGUGGACGAAAUCGAAGGAUACGGGCUCUUCUUCUUGUGUUCUCAAUCAAGAAGCGUGAGAUCUUACGCGAUCAAGGUCCUAGAACUCGUUUUGCAGUUCGACAAAGUGCUUGGGAAAGACGAGCAAGCUCGAAUCAUUAGCGUUCUGCAGUCCAACACCGAGCAGGUCCUCAACCUCGCGGAUGAUAGUCUCAAUGCAUUGGAGCGUAGUCGACUUCAAAAGGACAGACGCCGUAAAGGACCACAGAACGUCUUGCUCGAGCUCAGCAGUAGUGAAAACCACUACGAUGCAGGUUUGUGGUUCAAAGCAUUCCCUAAUGUUGUUCGCAAUAUCUUCGAGACGUGUCCGCAUGCCGCUGCUCUGAGCAGAGAGUUUGUUUGUGAUCGACUCGCACUCAUGCUAACAGAUAUAGAGAGGAUCGCAAGUACCACUGGUGGACAAAGAGAUCUAAAGCUUCUAGGACGCAGUGCGGAUACUCCCGUUGGCGUCUUUCUUGACCAAUGGAAGCUCUAUCUUGUUAUGGCUUGUGUCACGUUAAGCUCAACAGGUGGACAAACCCGAGGUCAGCUGGAUAUUAGUCUUCAUUCGCGCAAGACCUCAAAGAAUACGUCAGGCUUACAGGAUCGAUUGACGUCGGCUCGUGCGCUUUUCUCGGCAGUAAUACCACUGUUGGGCUCCGGUAUAGACACGUUGCGUUCUGCUGUGGUGACGGCUCUGGGCUCGAUCAACCGCAAAUUGUACCGUAUUCUGCUUGAGUCCCUUCAGUACGCGGUCAUAACGUGCAAUGACGAAGCAAAGGCUAGAAGAGGUGCCCACGUGCGAACCCCGAGUAGUCCGUCGAGGUCACAAAUGACAGAGCGGAUGCGUGCAGAAGUGACUUGCAUAUACAAAUUGACAGCAAGUUUUCUGAGACACAACGAGAUACUGCGUGACGAAUGGAUAUUGAGCAAUCUGAUGAACUAUGCUAAGGAUCUUAGGUUGUUCCUUAGUGAUAGUGAUAUCCAUUCAGACUGGAAAUUUGCCCGCCUGCGUUUUCAUUACUGUGGACUUGUGGAUGUCAUAUACGAAAACAUCAAAAGAUUCCCGGAAUCAAGUCCGUACAUGUCCUUCGAGUCACGGAAAUCUGCGUUCAUGUUGAUGGAAGAGUGGUGCGGCUAUCAGACAGAAACUCACAACACUCUCUGGCGUGAGGCUGAGGGUGGAGAUAGAAGCCUGGUCGCAAAAGAAAAGAUCAGUUUGAGGACAGCCGCACUCAGCGCAAUGGCUACGCUUUGUGCUGGUCCUGUGAGCGUUAUAACAGACACCAACACGUUGCUACAAUUCAAUGUGUCAAGAAUGCUCGCCUGGAUUGAUUCCAUCUUCACUUCAAGGGAGCACAAACUUCACGAAAUCGGACAAAGAGCGCUAAGAAAUCUCAUCAUAUACAAUGCUAAUACCAGCAUCUUCGUUGAACACGCUAUUCAAUGUUGUUACGGUACCAAAGGUCUCAUCGCGCUCGAAAACUGUUUCAAAGUGAUAGCUGAUGUCCUUACGCAGCAUGCUCGUUCCCCCAUAAGCAGCAUUAAAGUUCUUGGAGCAGUGAUGUUCACUCUAGGUCAUGACAGCCGCGAUAUUCGGAUACGUUCCGCUCGCUUACUCCGUUUCCUGGACGAGAAAGAACAGAAAAGUUCUAAUCUUCAGCACUUCGACAUCAGUAUCUCGGACAAAACAAGAGCAGUAUAUAAAGCCGCUCAGUUUGAGUAUUGCAGACGACUAGCUCAGACACAUCCGGAUCUUGCCUUCCAUGUUUUUUCGGAAUUCUGCUUACAAUUUCGAAAUGUUACUGCCGACAUUCAAAGAGGAAUGGUGGCAGCUAUUCUGCCCUGGCUUCAGAUGCUUGAGCUUCAACUCCUUCCUGACACAAAUGCACCGACCGAGUUGUCGUAUAUGCUCCUUGUGAACAUGGUAGAGAUCACGAUCCGCUUCAGCAGUUCGUUACACAACGAGGUUCAGGCGCUAUGGCAAGCUCUUGCGACUGGUCCAUAUGGCGGAAACGUACAGCUCAUCCUGGAUUUUGUUAUUGAUCUCUCACUUGAACGACGCGAGCAGAACUUUAUCUAUUGUGCAAAACAGAUCGUCGUCUACUUAUCUGUGACACCAGCAGGAUCUAAGAUAUUCGAGCAUUUACUGCUUCAUCUCGCACCGAAGAACAUGCCAAACGAGAAGAGGACGUCUGACCGGCCACCACCAGAGAUUUCUCAGCUGCCCUACGUGGCGAACCUUGAAACAGUUCUUCCUACAGGAGCUCGGCAGGCAACGUUUUCUCUUGGCCAAAUAUCCCUGGUACUGCUUGUUGAUCUUCUGGUUCCUCCGUACCAGAUCACACAAUUAGAUGCCCUCAAACUUCUGCAUGCAGUCUUCAUUCUUUGGGAUCAUCACACUCCAACCGUUCAGGAACAUGCGCGGGAAAUGCUUGUACAUCUGAUGCAUACACUUGUCAUAUCUAGUAUUGACUCAAGUUCUGCUAUGGACGAACGCCUGCGAAAGACUGAAGAGCUUGUUGAAGCGAUUCGUGACAACGCUGCAACAGUUGCAUGGUCAUACAGCGAUGUCGCCGGCAAGGAUGAGUCGCAACAGACUCAUGAUCGCGUUCCACUUGGCAUGUCGUAUCUCGCGGAGCAAAUAGUUGACCUCUUCUCAGCAGUAUUCGAUGACCUUAGUGAUGCUUGGGCAAAGGAAGCACUGCAUUGGGCCUCGGUAUGCCCCGUGCGGCAUUUAGCCUGCAGGUCCUUUCAGGUGUUCCGCUGCAUCUCUUUCAAGCUGGACUCUGCACUUCUGUCAGAUAUGCUGGCUCGACUAUCUAACACUAUAGCAGAGGAGCAUGCCGAUUAUCAAACAUUCUCUCUUGAAAUACUUACAACUCUCAAGAUCGUCAUCGCUGGGCUAGAGACAAAAGGCUUACUGAAAUUUCCCCAGCUUCUCUGGACAACAGUGGCAUGCCUGAAUACUAUCCACGAAGCAGAGUUCCUGGCGGCUAUUGAAAUGCUUGAGCAGCUUGCUGGAAAGUUCGACUUUGCCGAUCCGCUCGCUGUUGAUGCUAUGCUAAGAGCUCGGCCAGCAGAGUGGGAAGGGAAUUUCGAAGGUAUUUGUCCUUUAGUAUAUAAAGGUCUCAGGUCUUCGCAGUGCUUCGAGAGGACAUUGUCUGUCAUGGAAAGCUUUACGAGCUGUCCAAACAGUGAAUUGUUGGGCACCAGCGACCGCCUUCUGUUCGACAUUUUGGCACACCUACCUCAAUUCAUGGAAGCUUUCAAACAACCUAUGGUUCCAUACACGCUCGCCGACCAGGUUGUACGUCUGUCAGCCAAUGCACGAGGCUUUGGCUUCAGCGGUCUAGAAACAGCGCUCAACGACAUGACAUUGCAGCAGAAGAAGUCACCUAAUGCGCGACUUUUCCACGUGCUUUCAGCUGUCAAAGACACAUUUUUCCCAUUCAACGAAGCUGAAGCACUCAUAUUCACAUUUGGUCUGCUAAGCAACGCAACAACAUGGUUUCGUAGGAACAUCCUCGAAAUUUUGUGUUCCCUUGUACCAAUGAUAAAUAUGAACAAUCCAAGAAUUCGUGAACAUGGGGCGGACUUGAUAUCACCACUUCUCCGCCUGCUGCAAACUGAUCUCUGCGACAAGGCUCUCAAGGUUAUGGAUCAUAUUAUGGAAGUCAAUGUGACUCCGCUAGAACGUCACCACUUGCGGAUGAGCAUGGCCUCUGGCACAGCCAGAGCAAUUCGUAAGGAGUACGAGCGUACUCAAAGUUUGUACGGAAUACCUGAAAGCUCAGGCUGGUCUGUGGCAACACCCGCCAUCGUCUCGGCUCAGACCCGGAGCAACGUGCACCACGUCUUUUUCUCGUGCAGCGACGUUGACGGUGCUCACGAUACACCUUCGCAGACUCCUGAAGUUGAGUUCCACACUGAGGAAGAAUAUGGGGAUUCAUAUUUCCCUCCUCACAUUGGUGCGGAUGUACAUGGCUCCUUUGAGACCUCCACAAUCGAUAUCAGUAUAGGUGAGAUUGUGAGUUCGCUAGACAGCCUCGAUGAUUUCUUUGAAGAGAACGAUUCUCCAACCACUCCGACAACAGAUCCUAGCACGAACGCUGGUCUCAAUCCGUCUGCCUUCUUCAGCGAUAGCGACCAUGAAACCAACGUAUACGACCAGCAGACAGCACCAAUUAUUUCGCGGUCACUCAAUCGGACCUCGUCCUCGCUCAGUUUUCAGAAUGGCCUCGUGGAUCCACGGCCACCUACCAGUCACUAUCACCGAUCGCAGAUAAGCACGUCGUCUGCUGCUACCACAUAUCAAAGUUCUUUCUCUUCUAUAGACGAGGGCGAUGGUCCUGGGCCAUCGUUGCCUACAAUUGACAAACAAUCGCCCGUGGUGACGCAUGUGAUGACAAAUGCACUUCCUCAUCGUCCGGGACUUCACUUUCGAUCCAUCACCUCUCCCGCUAACCAGUAUUCAGCUUCCAACCCUACGGGAGUGCCUGGUCUAAGUCCACAAACUUUCGGGGACCAACAUCAUGCAGAGGAUAUACAAUCGGACUCCGAAAACAGUCCAUUUCCAAAUCUUGUACCAACAACAUCUGACGGAGGCACUAAGAGCGUCACCGUAACACCAACAUCAGCGACUGAUACCUCAGCAGGUUUCAUGCGUAGAGGUAUGCGCCGACUAACAGGAGGAAGAAGUGAGAGUGCGAAAGAGAAAGCUCGACUCCGAGCUCCAUCUGCGGGACAAACCCAAUAUCUGAACAGCGUGGGCGGACCAGGGCAAAGUCCUCGGAUGCCAAGGAUACCUUCGGAAUAUCUAAGCAAUACACCCAACGCCCUACCUGUUGGCCAGGCUAAUGCCACAAAUCUACCCAUAACAAAUCCUGCACAGCAACCAUAA